AUGUUGAAGAGACUGUUGAUAACAUCCACCACCUCAUUGAGGACUGCUCACAACCCAUUGCUGGUCAGAUCAUUCUCGACGUCUGUCGCACAACAACAGCAGCAACAGCAGCAACAACAGCAACAGCAACAAAAGGUCACCGAGACUGAUAUGCAGGUUGGAGAGCACAUCAAUGCAAACUUUGAGGAUCAAAAGAUAAAGACUGCUCUCAAUGGCAUCAAGUUGGAUGGCAAGACCGUGCUCAUCUAUAGACCAUCAAGAAACACAAUGCAAUCGGGCACUGGCAGAACUCGCAAGUGGCGUCUAGAGUUGCCCAUGGUCGAGAAGUGGAACGAUGGUCUGAUGGGAUGGUGGGCAUCAGCUGGUACACUCGGUCAGUUGAAUCUCACCUUCACUUCAGAGGACUCUGCUGUUGCCUAUUGUAAAGAGAAUGGUUUGAACUAUGAGGUGCUCGAGGAAGACAUUGUAACAACAAAGAGAAAGAGAUACGGUCACAAGUUUAUAUAUAAGGGAGAGUUGGUCAAGGGCAAGGAGGAUGAGACUGAUAUCAAAUAA